GAUUCACCAAGUGGUGGAGGAUCACUUAGUUUUGAGCACUUUGAGUUGUCACAGUCCUCACUGGACACAGUACUAUGGUUUUGUUUGAUGGAAAGAGAUGCUACUCUGGUAGUGAGGCAGACUUCAGCUCCUCCAGCAGCACAGGCAGCCUAAAGACCAGGGAGAGCCUCACUUCUAAUUCAGCUGGGAAAAAAGCACCUUCACGAAGUCGGGGCACACACAUCAGACCACUCCCGGUCUUCAAACCAGCUGGGAGCCUGACAGGAAACCGUGAUGCCGAGCUCUACGCUCCCUACAGGACUCCUCCCAGAGCUGCCUCCUCAACCAACAGCAGCAGCUGCAACUCCAGCCCCUCAUCCAGAAGAGCAAACCUGGGUCGCUACCACUCCUGUGGAGACAACCACGGCAUCAGACCCCCGAAUCCUGAGCAGUAUCUCACCCCUCUGCAGCAGAAGGAAGUGGCUAUCAGACACCUGAAAACCAAACUGAUGGAGUCUGAGAACAGAGUCCAUGACAGAGAGACAGAGAUUGAGGAGCUUAAGGCUCAGCUAAGCAGAAUGAGGGAAGACUGGAUUGAAGAGGAAUGUCACCGGGUGGAGGCUCAGCUGUCCCUCAAAGAGGCUCGCAAAGAGAUCAAACAGCUGCGUCAGGUGGUGGAGACCAUGAAGAGCAGUCUGAUGGAGAAGGAUAAGGGAAUACAGAAGUACUUCAUUGAUAUCAACAUUCAAAACAGGAAGUUGGAGUCCCUGCUGCAAAGCAUGGAGCUCGCCCAAAGCGGUGCCAACCUCCAAGACGAAAACACCCUGGACUUCAUCUGUGACAGCCCUGAUAGUGGUGGGAAGAAGAUGGUGGGGGAGGAAGAGGGUGGGAUGGAGCUGGGAGACCAAGGGGCGGAGGCAAUGGCAGACAGCGGGCUGCUGGUAAACGAUGAGAUGGCUAACAGAGCAGACAUUUUGGAGCAGGUCUUCAUGUCCACUGCGGUGGACUUCAGUCAGGACUCUAGUGGCAAGCUAAGGCCUGAGGCAGGGUCUGGGCCUGAGGUGUCUGUGCUGUCUGAAGAGGAGCAGCUGAUGGAUAAAUCUACUGCACCCACGCCACAUACAGUUCACACCACCGUGACCAUCUCUUCAGACACGUCCUCUCAGCAGACCACAGAAGAUAAAGGAAUCCAGACCGACAUAGCGCCCAUGUCUUCAGACCUGCAGGCUCUGCUCCUCCAGUUGCUGAAGUUCCACGGAGCUACAGCGGGGGACACAGCCCUAUCAGCCUCCAGCAGUCUUCUUGGCCUCCCAAACCUGGCCACUUCCCCUACCGCCACCGCUGCCAACCUCCCGAACUCGACACCUCCCCCACCUGGCGUACACAGCCCUGUUCACCCAGAGAGCCCCGACACUUCCACCGAUUCCGGCAUGUGCUGCUCGGAGCCUGCACUGAGCCGACGGUUCAUGGAGGAGCUGGACUUUGGUGUCGGUGACGAGGAACCUUGUCUGUCACCGCGACUGGAUGUGGUUGGCAAACAGUACUGGAGCAACAGCUUCCUGGUGGAUCUGGUCGCAGUAGCAGCUCCUGUGCUACCCACGGUGGCCUGGCUGUACUCGCGACACGGUGUGGAUGGAAGCUCUCCCGUGUACAACAUCGCUGCUCUUAUCAGGGGCUGUUGCAUCAUGGGAUUGCACUCUCUUCGUCACGUCACUCACAGGCCGGAUGCGUAAUGGCUUUCAACCCGCAUGCACACGUCUAACCUUGAACAAAAAGCACUUAAGCAUCUUUUCGAGAGUGUUUGUGAGAUUUGUUUUUUGUUUGACACCUGAUGAUAUCAAUGCCGUUAUUUCGGUUCCAACACUGUUACUUUGCACUGUACAGUUACCAUAAGUUGAAGGAAAAUGGUGACAUGAAAGGGAUUGUUAAUAACAGGGGUUAUAUAUUUAUUUAUUUAUCAUUUAUAUGUACAAGCUGAUCAUCUGGGUAGAUGGUUAUGUGUUAUCAUUGUCCUGUGGUGUCCCUACUUGUCCUUGUGUUUAGAAAGGAG